ACGGGGUCAGAGGUCGGCCAGGUCGGAACUGGUUCAUCAACUCCGUGCAUCAAAUCCGGAGAAUCGAUGUGUAUUUACAGCUGGGCGGACCGCGGCUAGACGUUGUGCACCGAGAACAGUUUCAUCCAUUGUCUAAAUGUCUUCUGAUUCCGUAAAAUUCACGGACAGGGUCCGGAACGUCGCAGAGAGCGUUUGGGAUGUGGUUUUCCGGUUCUUCAAGAGGAACCUUCCGGUUAUCGCCCGUCUACUGCUCAUGAUGACGUUUUUCGAUGACGGGCUGCGGAUGAUCUACAACUGGACCAAUCAGACGCGGUAUUUCCAGCACUCCUGGAAGAUCAGCGCGUCCACAGCCGGCAUCGCCGUGACGCUGAACAUGGUGGGGCAGCUGGUGGGGUGUCUGCUGGUGCUGGCCAGGAGGAAGGUCGAGUGGGGCUGCGGCAUCUUGCUUACUAACGUCGUCUUUCAGGCAAUCAUGUAUGAAUACUUCAAGUACACCAAAUAUAUCCUGAGAAGUCUGUCGCUGACCGGCUGUGUGCUGCUGCUGCUGCUGGACCACUGGUCCGAGCGGAAGAGCAUGGACCCGGGGCUUCUCAAGGUCAAGAAGGAGGACAGGACCCGGAUGUUGCUCCAACUCGCAGGCCGAUGUCUGGUAGGUUUUAUGUACGUGUCGCUGGCACAGCUCGGUCCCAGCUAUCCCGUCCUGUUCAUCACCAUGGUGGGUUACGUGCUGCUGGGCUGUGUCAUGGUCGGCUACAGGACCAGGCAAUGCGCCAUCAUUAUGGCUCUGCAGUUUUUCUUGGUGACCCUGGUGACGCGGACCUGGUGGCUGCUGCCGUGGGACAGCUCGGACCGAGACUUCGUGAAGUACGAGUUUUUCCAGGCGAUGUCUGCGGUGGGCGGGCUGCUGCAGGAGGCAGUAGUGGGGCCGGGCAGGGCCUCGCUGGACGAGCGGAAAAAGGACGAGUGAAAACUUCAACUGGCUGAGGAGAUGGUGAUAGGGAAAUACUUUGUUUUAGAUACGUGCCUUGGGCUAGACGAUUUAUAUCUAUAGAAAGUAUUCGUAAUCAUUGCCCGACAAUGGUAAAGAACACGGUUGUGGCACCCUUCUCUGCCUUCUAAAAUGGUGCCACAACGGUUUGCCGUGAGUCGUUUUAAUUAUGAUAUUUUAAAGGUACUUCAUUUCCGUACAUUCAAUUCGCAUGGUUUCACAGCCCAUUUGAACAGGUUAUGCUUUUUUCAACAAAUGGGUCCGAGAAAACUUUACUAUUUCGCUUCAAGAUAUUGGUUAGUUCUUUCAGUAGGGGUUACAAUUCUCAAUACGGUUGCAGAUGUACUAGUGGAUAUAUUCAUAAGUAACGUGUCAUUUGGUGGUGCUACCGGUUGUCAGGGAAUUAUGAGUACAUACAAUUCCAUUCGGCAUUGACAGGUUAAAUGCAUCCUUCGAUUGUAUAAUAGGAUUUUACUGAUACGAUUCAUAUACGUUGGUACCUCUUAAAUUUAUAUCCAGCAUCUUUUGGUGUAGUCUUGUAUGUAGUCCCUUAUUUAGCCAUUCAAUUUCUGCUACGCUGCUAUUGUUAUAAGUUAUUUAUUUCUUAAGCAAGGAUAUUUUACAAACCGGCAAGCUUCCAACGUGGAACGACGUCAUUGCUUCUUCUUGGAUAGCAUAGAAAGUACAUCCGAUGUAUGAUCGGCGUUGGGUUUUAAGUGCUUACGGUACCUUCAGCUUUU